AUGCCAUCAGACUAAUUUAAACAGAUAAAAUCGUGGUUUCAUACAUUUGAAAAAAUUGAUUAGUCUCAAAUUUUAUACUACCAAAUUAGGUGCAAAUUAGUCCUAUGUUUAAGCAUAUUGAUGUAAGAUUUGAGGCAUCAAAACAACUUAUAAUAUUUAGUAAUAACAUGGUGA